GUAGUAGAUUGGUAUAAUCCAAGUUAUGAUUCUAUCUAAUGCAUGCAAGUAGACGUGCUUGUGGUGCGAAAGGUAAAAUGAGAUUACGCACUGGUGGUGCAGCUGUUGGUGAUGUGACGCUAGAUUAUCUUCCACAGUCUACAUGAAUUAACUCACGAAAGGUUAAAAAUAAAAGUAACUAACUAGAUGGCUUAAGAUGAGCUUUGAAGAGCACGAUACAGAAGAUCUUCAGCCACGGACUGCACCAUGUCGUUCCUCAUCAUUUCAGCCUUGCAUUGCACCGUCGGUGCCAGAGGUUUCCCUUAUAUUCAACAGCGGCUCGUCAGUAAAUACCGGAACUUCAGCAACUGCUGCACGUGGUUUACAUCAUGAGACCAGUGCAACAGAAAGGAGGAAUGUGAAGUCUGUAAGCAAUGCCGGAUACCAUGAAGUUUUGAAGUAUGGAACCUACCCAUCUUCUCACCAUGAAGGAAAUAAAUUGCCCCACUGUUCAAGUCAUAAACCUGAUGAGAUUUUAGGAGCAGUCAAGUUAGAUAAUAUUAAUUGCCCAAGUACAGCUGUGCUCAGAGAUAAUAGGAAUGUAGAAAGUGAAGUGAUUACAAAUUCUAAGAGAACAUUUUUGCCAAGAACAUUUUCAAAUAGGUGCAAUUCCUUUGAUAAGAACAUUGAUGGUACACAGCAGAAUUACUGUGCUCAUGAUAGUUCUGUAACUAACAGAAAACCUGACAGACUUGCAUACCAACAAAAUGGAUCCCAAAACAGCCAUGAAAGUAAAAAAUCCAUGUCUUUAAAAAACAACCAAAAUAAUGAUGGUGACAGAAGUGUAUGGAAUGAGAACAAUGGUUACAGAAACUUUUAUGGCUCUGCAUACCAUUCCAAGCCUGGAGUGGAGAAAUGUAGAAUGGAAAAAAGUUAUUAUAAAAGAUAUCAGAAGAAGAAUUAUCCACAAAGAAAAUUUCCUUCGGACACAGAGAAUGAAGGAAGAAGUAGUUUGUGUUGCCACAAAGAAGCAUCCUCGCCUCUGAAUUAUGCUCAUCAGCAAAUGACUUGUGUUAGUCCUGACCCAUCAUGCAUUCCUGAAGAAAGAACUGCAGUUGAUUAUUUGAGAUCCAGACAAGAUUCUGUGGCAAAUGAUCAGACAUCUGUUGUUAUCCCUCUAUCGCCCAGCACUUUGUUCUCCCGUGAACAAGAAAAAGACAGAGACACCAAAACAUCAUCUGAUCCAGUUUUUAGGCACAAAAAUGACUUCAAUUCACUUUUUCUUGCCGACCAACCUACAAAUCGUAAUUUAGAAACUAGAAUUGAUGCCACAAACCAUAUUCAAUCUGUGAACUUCAGGGAUACUUCAGAGGGCGUUGAUACUUUUAAGGUACAGUCGGCAAAUAUGAAGGAGGCAGGAAGUCAUGAUGAUAGUUCUAUGUUUGAUUUAUACAAUCUUGUUCGUUCACAAAAUGAGCAAUUAAAACACUUACAGACCCAAGUUGACAGACUGUUGCUAAUGAGAGAUAGAAAUAGCACCAUGUCCACUACUGCUUGUUGCUGCCCACCAUUUACUUGUGCUGGCAUCCAGUCAGCAAAGCAGAACAUCACAGUGGUCAAUGCAUCAACACAGACAAUGGUUACUGAUAGUCGGUGUGACAUUGCUGUGAACACGGACUCUAGGCCAGUAGUUUCAGUUGCAGUUAUGACAUCGUUCGCUGACACUGCUGACUCAAAACAGUCGCAAAAGAUGGAGAGGAUGACAAGACUGAGUACUGAUUGCCUGUGUUGUCCAGAACGUGCUCCAGAAAACAGUGAUGAGACAGUAUGUUUCAACAGCAUUGAUCUGCCUGCAGUUCAAGAACACGCCCCUAGCCCCAUGUCAUCCAUACAUGUUGACAUGCAUGACUAUGAGGAUGAUGAUGAUGAUGAUGAUGGUGAUGCUGCUACUGAAAUCGCUCAGCCGUUUCCAUGCAGCAAGGAAGGUCACAUCCAGCAGAAGAAAAAUGAAGAAGUGAACAGAAUAGGAUGGACCUUCUACAAUAAUGUUGUUGGCCAGGUGAAUAAGUUAUUGAAAGACUUGCCUCAAGAUAGUGAAGAAUGCAACAGAUGUGAUGCUGAGCAAGAUAAUCAGAAGUUAUGUGAAUGUCAAGAGGAUGUAAAAAAUGCUACAAUGGACCAACUCAGAAAAAUGGGCAUUAGUUUUCACAAUUCUUGUGGGAAUGGUGCUCCUGCUGAAGUUGGCAGGGAACAGCAGUAUGAUUCAGUGCACUUGCCUCGCCUUGGUGUUAUGCCCAUUACUUCUGAAAGUAGUGAGUCAGACACCAGCAUCCACAUUAAUGCUUUGGCCCUCAAAUACCUCAAGAAUGAUGAUCGAGGCAAAGGAGCUGACAGAAUGCAAGAUUUAACAUUCUACAAUGUUGCGAUGAAAACCACAAAUUUGUCUCUCGGAACAUUGAAGUACCUCGAGCGAUAUCAUUUGCUACCAUCUGAAGGUGAAGCUAGCGGAGGCGUUGCACAGAUCAAGAAUGAUAUAAGAUUUGGCCAUGAGCCAGAAAAAGGAGGUGUAAGGCAGACUGGACGUGGCAUUGGUGUUGGAGGUGAAGCCAAAGUAAAAAUUCCAUAUCAUCAGCCUGCUAGCUCUACAGACAAGAUACUUGACAUUACAGCACUAAAAAAACAACCAAAGUUACUGUAGUUUAGUUUCUUAUGAUCUUUAAGUCAGGCCAGUGUAUUUAUGUAUGCGUAUUUUAAUGUGUUUAUGUUUAUUUGACAUGUUUGUGUAACCAAACUUCAGCAUGCAGUAAAAUGUUGUUAAUUCAGAGUAAUUGGAGCUAAAGAACACAGGCUUUAAAUUCAGUCACUUGGAAUUGUCGAUUUAUAUCAAGAACUUUUAUUAUAAAUAUUUUCUAUUCAUGCAAGUUAUCAUGAGAGUUACCUUCGCACUUGCCACUCGAUCCGCCCAACCACGUCUAGGUUCAGCGAGCGGGCAGGCAUUCUUCUGACUGUAAGUAAACAUUGGUGGAGUAUACUUUUAUUACUAGUGAUAUCCCUCUCGUUACUCAAUGUGAAUUACCUUGUUAAACCUGAUUUUGUUGGUGAUGACCAUUGACGAAGUGUAUCUUUGCGUACAAUACUGUGAGCAAGUUGUGGAAUGAUUGGAGCAGAGCAAAUAUUUCUUGCCGUUGUUUGUCAUCAGUCUUUCGACUGGUUUACUCGUACAGAAAUCAUCUUUCUUCCCAAUUCUCCUCCCUGUUCAUUCUUUCUAUGGCUACUGAGAUAACCUGCCCAUGCAAUGUGCAUGCAUGAAUGAAGGAUACAGUUGUUUACAAUUUUUCAGCAGUUGUCCAGUAUAAGUUUUUUUAAUUGGAACCAUUCACAGUUGACCACGGAAAAGCGAAGAAUUCCUAACGAUUCACAACAGAAAAUUUACCGGCCUGGUUUAUAGCUGUCGAUUUUAUAUUUUUGUAUCGUGUUUUUGGACUGUUUAGAGAAAUAUACUAUAGCAGGGGUGCUUGGCAUAUGGCAUGCAGGCCUAAUAUGGCCCACUGCAUCUCUUCAUGUGGCUCCUUUAAUGUCAUUAAGCAACUUAUACUAGGGCCAUAUUUAGGGUAUGGGAGAACAGGGUGAACAUCCCAGGCCUCACAGUUUUGUAUCAUGGUAUCUGUUUAAUUUUGUGUUUUGAAUCAAUUUGAUUUUGUUAAGCAGUGAGUUCAUUAUUUGAUAGAAGAAUAGUCGCUAAAUGCAGGUGGCUAAGACCCCUCAGUGUUUUGGUAGGAUAGUUACUUCAAAGAAGCAUGUGACUGUGUCACUUGGCAAAUAUGACCAAUUCUGUCACUUUUAGUUUGGGGAAGGGGAAUUUACUUACCAGUUUUUCCAACAGAUUUGUUCUACUUACCAAGUGUCGAUGCUAAUCGUUUUCACCGGAACAUAAAGUGUCAGUCAGACAAUAUCACCAAGACGUGUUUAUUACAGAAUUGAGCAUGUUCCUGUGGGGGAUUUGUAAACCUCAUCGAGAGGCAUGACAAUCUGUUUUUUUUUUUUCAUGUCCAGUACACACCAUUCAGCAUGGUGUGCAUUGUUGGUUAGCAGGAUUCAAAUCCCCAUCAGUACAUGGGUUCGAUCGGGACCGCGACAUUUAACGCUCCUGCUGUGACCCCUUUUCGCAAAGUGAUGAUGAACGUGGAAUAAUUGUUGGGAUGCCACGGAGAAACCGGGGAAACCCAGAGGAAAACUCCGUGUUGCCUAGACCACGGCCUUGCCCAACACAAGUUAUAAAUUCGGGCACCGCCGGGAAUCGAACCCGGGACCCCAGUAUUACAAGCCCAGCGUUCUAACCACUAGACCACCAUGGCGGUUAUGACAAUCUGUGAAUGAAUGCGAGUGAUAGGAGAAUGAAUCUUCGGCUUGAUUGGUGGGUGAUAUGGCUCCCAUUGGUGCCAUUGACACAGCUUAAUUUGUGAAAGACAACUACACAAUGCAUGGCUGACACCCAAAUUCUUGAGGCAAGAGGAGGCUGAAGCUUCUGAUUGUUGAAAGAAUAAGUGGUAGUCAAGUGUCAGUAUUUCUGUUAUUGCCCAUACUAGAGUCUUGCCUUUAUUAGCUUAAAGUGUAAAGCAUAAAUGUGCUUAGCAUAUGUUGAUUGCAGUUACCUUGAUUCUAAAGUUUACAGUAAAGUCACUAAACUCAUUAAUUAUCUUCAUCAGAAUAUCAGGGGACUAAGAAACAAAAGUGUUGAAUUAAUACAGUUUCUUUAAAAUGGAUGGCAUAAACGUUCAUAUAUUGUGUCUAAGCAAACAUCACAUGGCAGAAGUUAUGCUCCACCUCACGUUACAUGGUUAUUUGUCAGGUUUCAGGUUCUGCAGACAAAAACCUAGAGGACAGGUGUCUGUGUGUAUUUUGGUAAGAAAGAUUCAACAAAAUUUAUAUUUCAUAUCUUUGUAAAGAAUAGGAUUUGCAUAUGCGAGUUUGCUCCUAUGCAAUUUCAUACCUGACGCUUUAAACUUAAAAAAGAAAUAAUUUAAUCUCUGCGGAGGUACCAGGGUUAUUUUUUCUACGUGAUUUUCUAUAGGUCGGCGUCUUAUAUGAAUGCAACUAUCACAUAACAGCAGAGAUGACUACACAUCAAUCACAUGAAAGAAUCGCAGUCAAUCGCGGGGACCAACGAAUUGCCGAUUGUGUGUAAAAUAUAUUUUUUUAAAUUCCCUUUUAUUUUAUUUACGUUAUUUCAGAGCGUUAAAUGUAAUGCCAAUGUUUGGGUGUUGGGAACGCAUGUCAUUGCCUUCCCAUUGAUUUACAUUAUAAAAGAGUUUCAAUUUACGCCGGUUCGUCCAGGAACGCAUCCCCGGCGUAAAUCGAGGGCUACCUGUAUUUGGAUGAACUGUUGUGAACUUCAUUGAUCAGAUAAUGAGCCCUGAGAUGUCCCUAAAUGAUAGUUAGAAAUAUGGAAUUUGUAAGUAGAGGUGUGUAUAUGAACAUUUGAAAAAGAUAAAUAAACGGCUGAGACACUGAUUUGCCGAACUAGUA